AUGCUACGAACUUCAUUUAUAAAAGACUCCACAGUCAGAACUCGAUGUUUGGCAACCUCUAUACGUUCGAAUGAUGCUCUCUACAAGCUGCAAAAAGAAUUACUUGCAGAUCCCAAUUGGGCAUAUGAAAGAGCAAAAAGAAGGAAUAGACAAAGGCUCAAAGAGUAUGAUCAAGCAGUAAUUGCAUCUCGACAGUAUUUGCAACAUCGAGAGAAUGUUUUGAAGCUUUUGGGUAAGAGUGACAACAUUAAAGCUUUAUUUACCGCAAAUGAUGGUUUUUGCAAAACUGAUAAUUACGAUGAAGUAUGCAAGAGACUUGGCGCAGAGCCCUUACAGUAUAAUGAUAUUGAAAUGAGAAAUACCAUAAUGCUUGUAUGCACAAUGUUAUUGGAAAAUAUCAUGGUGGAGAUGAAAUUGAAUACAUUGAGAGGUGAAAAUGGAAACAACGAGGAGCAGAACUUAACUGAGCUUAUGGCCAGCCUAAGGUCCAGUGACGAAUUUUUUUCCUUAUACCGGUAUAGGACCAACUUUUAUCAUUUUAAAUCGUCACAGUUCCUCAACUACUCUGAUUCUGAACUCGGCCCAGAGAUUGAUUCCAAUAAUGUGGUCAAGUUUCUUUUGAGUGAAUACGAUGAUACUGAAAUACUAAACAAUUUAGACAAGGUUUUCAAAAAGUAUAAACUGAUAAUAUCGACGAUCGGCACCAGCACCAACGCUGAUACUGCCCACAUCAAUUUAGCACAACAGAUUAUCAACACUUUGACUGCACCCCACCGUUGCAUUCCAACAGUGAAGAUUUGGGCAUACUUGAUUGAUGAAUUGGGGAAAGUCGGUCUCACCAAUUACCAGCAAAUAAUCUACCUCUCAAUGUUUCAGUACAAGCAUGCGCCAUCAGUCUUGGCCAAACCAUCUGAAGCUACCAACACCAUCACAGCCCCAUUAAUGGCCGAUCAUUUUCUUCAUUUAAUACAACAGGACCCAAACAUGUUGUCGACAUUGCUACAGUAUCAAGUCCCACGUAAAGAUUAUGGCAUGUUUGUUGAAUUACUUUCUUUUUUGAAGUUGGAUAGAGUAGCAGCGGAGACGAUGGUUAUCAAGUCACCACUCUUUUCACGAUCAAGUUGCAAGAGCCCCAAAGUUAUACCAGGCUCAGUAUUGGACAUUACGGGUCUAACAAUAUCUCGAGGUUGCAUGUAUCUGAUUAUGCGAUCAACGAUUGAUAUUGGACUUUUUGAAUACUUGGACUUGCUAUUUGACAAGAUUGUGCUUCAUUCGAUGGAUAAAGAUAAUAUAGAAUUGCACUAUACACAGGUUGUGCCAGUUGAAGGGAAGGUUUUUGAUCUUGAAUUGUUUUUGAUCAUGUUAGAUGCAGCAUUGAAAUCAAAUGAUAUGGGACGAUUAGUGUGGUUGCUACCAUUCAUAGAUGAGUACAUUACAGAUAAUAAAGGACAGGUGCCAAAAGUGUUGCGACAAAAAUUAUUCGAAAGCUUGACGUUUUUCAAGUUGGAGGGAAAAUUGAAGACUUACAAAAGCGUGUUUAGCAAAGUAGAAAAACCUGUCGCUUCGCCUUCUGUAUCUUAA